AAACACAUAUAGUCUUCCAAUCUUAGCUCCUUUUACAUCCCAUAAUAUUUUUCCACUUAACUUUAUGCUUUGUGAAGCAUUUGCUUCGGUUGGUGUGAACAGACAGAAGAAAAGAGAAAUGAGCCUCGGAGGAAACAGCUGCAUGAGAAUGACUCAGCUGUUGUCAUGAGUUGUCUUACUCAGGCUUUUUUCCUUUGUAAACUAUUAUAAGUUUAAUUAUUAAAACACUUUAAUGUCUAUAAUUAAGAAUUAAAAAUUCAGUUUUUAAAUAAUAUUAUAUAAUCAAGGGUAAAUAUUCCAGGGAGGGUGAAAUAGGAUAAAAAAGGGUGCAAGGAGGGAGUGGAAGUUUGGUGACACAAUGAGAUCUUCCAACUUCCCUCUUUCUGCUGCGUUCAUGCUUCCCUGUCUGCUGGCAGAGCCGGGCUGCAGCCAUGCAGACACGCGCUGCUUUCUUUACCUUCAUUUUUGCGGCCAUGUGCAGAGGGCUUCAGUCUGCCUCGCCCGUGCCUUCAGUCCCAGACCGGGUCCAGGCUCUGGUGGGCUCCUGUGUGGUGAUUCCCUGCUCUUUCCCAGCCGCCGCUCCGCAUCCACGUACACAGAGGGUGGAUGUGCGGCUGAGGUACCGAGGUGGAGGUCGCUUUUUUCCUCUGCAGAGCACUGCGUUCAACAGCCAGGACAAAGACCAAGUCAGCAGAGAUUUCCUGGGGCGAACUUCGCUCUUUGGGAAAAUGGGAGAAGGAGACUGCUCAGUGAGGAUCGACAGGAUCCGGCAGGACGACCCCCAGAUGAUUGAGGUGGCCCUGAAGAGAAGGGAUGACUUACUGUGGGGGAGGCCAAAGAGCGUCCAGAUGGAUAUCAUUGAUGAACCGGAGCCUCCUGCCAUCAGCGGCAGGUUGUCGGCCACAGAGGGUCAGCUGGUCACCUUGAACUGCUCGCUCCGGUACCACUGCCCCUCCAGACCUCCCACUCUGCAGUGGAAGUGGGAGCGAGGACCCCCGCUGGAGAGCACUGAGCUGUGGGACGCUCAGACAACCUAUCCAGAUGUGGACGGACCGACGCUGCUGGCGUCUUUGUCCUUCACAGCUUCCCACCAUGUGAAGCCGAGGCUGAAAUGUGAGGUCAGCUAUCCAGGAGCCAAAAUGGUGUCCACCACCACGGACCUUCACGUGACGUUUCCACCUAAAGAGGUGAGGAUUCAGGUUCAGACCUUAGUGGUGCUCGAGGGGGGCACCGCCCUGCUGAUGUGCUCAUGCAAAGCCGACCCCCCGGUGUCAGAGUACCGCUGGUCCUACAGUCAGCACGGCCGCACCGUGCGCCUCCGCCACCGGACGCACACGGUCCGCUUGUUCAACGUGACCAGAGACAUGAGGGUCACUUGUUCCGCUCACAACUCCAUCGGUCGGGGAGAGUCGAAGCCCACGGCGCUGAACAUACAGUACAAGCCGGUUAUCCACCGAUUGUCUUCCAACUGCUCUGUGGAGGAUUCGGAGUUGGUCUGCUGCUGCUUAGUUGACUCCAACCCCAAACCGGCUGUCACCUGGAGCAUCAACGGAAGCGUUCCACCUCACGGUUUCAACGUUUCUGCCUCAUCAGAGUCCAGCAUGUUAACAGCCUCUUUAAUGGGCCGCAUGGAGAGACCUCUGCAGGUGGUCUGCUUUGCUCUCAACGCGCUCGGAAACGACUCCCUGGUUUUGCUGAAGGGAGAAGAAGGUUCGCUCCAACCGGAUGUUUUACAAAAGGCGGCCCCCCUGUUGUGGCUGGUUUUACCUGCUGCCGUCGUCUGCCUGCUGGUGUCCCUUCUGUCCCUUCUCAUCUACUGCCACAGAAGAAAAGCUCAAAAAAAAAUCCUGAGCAGACCCAGAGUCUUUCAUCCAGAAGACCUGGGGAUUUACCAGGAAAGGACGCCGCUCUACAUAAACUGCACAGAAGUGACUCACGUUUACACUAAUGGCAGCUAUCAACUUGUGUACCAGAACUGUACGCCUGUUUUUGUCCGUAAUAACCAGAUCCGUCCGAUGGCCCGUAGAGGAGGAGAGAGAAGGAGAGGUGAAGGUGUUGGACACUCGGAAGUCAGAGUGGGUGUCAGAGAAACAAGGCAGGUGCAGGACACCUCUGCUGAUCCUGAGACAGCCAUCUAUGUGGAGAUCCUCUAAUUUCACAUGAGAUUGAAGGUGUUUCCUCACUGUAUGUUAACUGUAACAGGAAUCAUCCGUUCAGAAUAAAAGUGUGCAUUAAACUUCUAACUUGAAGUUUUUGCUCAUGCAAACAUAAUAAAAAAAGGGGGGGGCAUAUCUUAACCCUGUUUGUUAAAAGCCGUUGCUUAAGUGUGAAAUGAGUUUAUUACAAUAAACUUGCUAAACUACAUAUGUGCUAAAUAUUUCAAGGGCUGGUCCACUGAACAUUUAAAUUCUGUAUUAAUCAUGUUGUUACUUUUUAUUCAUUUAUUUCUCCUUUUACACAAAGUGUUUGUGUUUUCAUUUAAUUGUGGAUAUUUUUGUGUAGUUUGGUUGCAGUGUUAUUAGGUGAUUUAGCUUUAGUUUAAUGUGUAAGGCUUUCUAAACAAGACUUAGGAAUUUUACACUAUGGAAAAUACCUGAAUGGAUUGAAAGUUGGGGGGGGAAAAUAAUGUUUUUUUUUUUUUUCAGGAUUUUUUAUACUGUCAAACAAAAUCUGGAGUGAAUAAAAUGUCCCUUACAGAUAAUAAAUUGCUAAAAUAACAUGAGAAAUAACUGAUGAGUGAAUAUUGUCUGAUCCUAAACCUAGAGGGAUUUGCUACUUAGAAUCAACAUGUUUCAUAAUUAAUGCUGCUGUCCAUGUUGUUUUUGUUGUAGUAUAAGAAGUCAAUAACAAGUGCUAUAAAUCAAAUUUUAAAAUGAAGUGAGUAGGAAUAAAAUGAUGCAUAAAUCUUGACUCUGUCCUUUAGUAAGGCAAUCUGAAUCACAUGAAGACAGUUUGGAAAAAAGCUAGAAUAAUGUAUAAAAAAGAAAAAAA